AUUAUCUACACAGCGCGCACAAAAAGUUCUAGAGAGAUAAACUCUAGAGAGAGAGACGAUUAAUUUUGGGGUUUAACUUUUAAGCUUUCCCCCAGCAAAAUUCCAUAAAAAAAAAUUAUCACUUAUAAGUUAUCAGUAGAAUUUUUUUUUUAUUUUAUAUAUUUUUUAUGUUAUUCAGAAGAUAAUUAUAAGUAUAUAUAUGCAUAUAUAGAAAAGGAGUUGGUGGAUUAAUGGAUGAGAUCUGGGAAAGAGCAGUGGAGACGGCAUUAGACGGCGAAAAUGACGUCGCAUCUGUCAGGACUUUAACCCUUGACGGAGCGGCGAAGUGCGUUCAUGGCCGGCUACCUCCGCCGUUAAUUUUCGAGAAGUUUAGUAACCUCCAGCAUUUUUCUAUAGCGAAUAUUGGCCUUUCGUCUCUUGAGCAGUUUCCUCGGCUUCGGAAUUUGCAGAAGUUGGUGCUAUCUGAUAAUAGGAUUGCUGGAGGCCUUGAAUUCCUUGUCGAGGCGGGGUUGGAAUUUCUGCGGGACCUUGAUUUGUCAAAUAACAGGAUUUCAGAUGUCAAUGAUUUGAAGCCUUUGGCGGAGCUUAGGCUGGUGUCACUGGAUCUUUAUGAGUGCCCGGUUACUCGGGUUAAGGACUAUAGGUCGCGGGCUUUUGAGUUGAUUAGCUCUUUAAAGUACUUGGAUAAGAUGGACGCAGAGGGGAAUGAGAGGCCUGAGUCGGAUGAUGAGGAUGAGGACACCGAAGGGAAUCAGAGGCCUGAGUUGGAUGAUGAGGAUGAGGACGCUGAGGAGAAUGAAAGGCCUGAGUUGGAUGAUGAAGAUGAGGAUGAGGAUGAUGAUGACGAGGAUGAUGCUGGGAGCGGGGAAAUUGAAGGGGAGAAUUGGCCUUUUAGGGUGAGUAAUGGGCAUCCAAGUAGGAACGAGGGGGUUAUUGAUGUUGAUGAGGAUGAGGAGAGUGAUGCGGAUGAGGAGGUAACUGAGACUUCUAGAGGGAUUAACGGAUUAAUUGGUGCUAGCAAUUCCCAUCAUCUUUCGAAUGGGUUUAGAGUGGAGGAUGAAGGUGAUAUGAGUGAGGAAGAUGAUGAUUCAGUGGAAGAGAUAUAUGAAGAAGGUGAGGGUGAGGGUGAGGAUGAGGAAGAUGAUGUGGUAGAGGUCCACGAGAUAGAUGACAGUAGUGACGAGGAGGAUGGGGUGGAGGAUGACGAGGAUGAUGAUGAUGAGGUAGAUAAUGAUGAGGGCAAUUUUGAGGAGCCCGAUAGUAAUGGGAGGUUGAUAGGUGUGGAACGAGAGAUUGAUGGUCACGAGCAGGGUGACGAUGAUGAUAAUGGAGAGAUGGGAGAGGAAGAUCUGGAUAAUGAGGAGGACGGAGACUUUGAGGAUGAAGAUGAGGAAGAAGACUAUGGUGCAGGGUACCUUAUUCAACCGGUUGUGCAAGUACAGGUGGGUGCCAAUGGUAGUCACUUGGACCUAGGAAAUGAAGGUGAAGAUGCAGUAAAGGAAGAAGGUAUUAGCGAUGAAGAUGACCAAGACGGUUCAGUCCAGGAGCUCCCAACAUCAUCUCGAAAGAGAAACAGAGACGAAGAUAAUGAUAAUGAAGAGGGUGAUGAGGAGACGAAGAAGCAAAAGUAAUUUUGGGUAUGGUAGGUUUUUGUUUAUUCCUAAUUAAAAUGGUGGGAUCUUUAAACUUGUAGACUGAUACAAACUGUUGGGUGACAAUAUUUGGAGGGAAACUGUGGAUAUGAACCUUACGGUCCUAUGUUAAAUGUUCAAAAAGUAGUUUGUUUGGAGUAGCCGUUGGUUGCUUUGUGAUAAUUUAUUCAAAUGUGAGUUAUGAGUGAGUUCAACUCGUUGUAUAACUCAGUUGCAUUGAAAGCAAUGGAAAGAGAAGCCCUUAUUUCUUGUGUGCAA